AUGAUAAUUUUUAAAAGUAUACAAAUUCCUCCCAAUCUUCUUAAUAAAAUUAUUUGGAUUUUAGAAACAUGGAAUGACAUUCCUGUAGAAAUGAUUAUUAAAUCAUUUAAAAAAUGUGGUAUUUCUAAUAAAUUAGAUGGUACUAAGGAUGAUUUAUUAUAUGAUUCGGAUACUGAUCAUAAUGAAGUAAAUGAUAAUGACGAUUUAAUUGAGAUAGUUGAGGAGGAUAGUUUAUCUGCUGAAGAAUUAGAGUUAGAAGAUUAA